AUGUUCGCUUCGGCGUUCAGGAACAAGAAAGCGUCAUUUCAUAGCUCUCUAGCUCUGCAAGCAGCCAUGGCGCCGGCAGAACUGGAGACCUAUGCCUCCUUGGCAGACAUCAGCCAGUUGAUGUCCCUGAUCAUCAAUGCCUUCUACACGAACAAAGAGAUCUUCCUCCGAGAGCUGAUCUCGAAUGCCUCUGAUGCCCUGGACAAAAUCCAGUUUCAGGCCUCCAAGGACCCGUCCAAGCUGGAUACGGAGCCGAACUUGUACAUCAAGGUGACACCCGACAAGGAUGCUGGGACGGUCACCGUUGAGGAUACAGGUAUUGGCAUGACGCGGGAGGAGAUGAUCCUGCAUCUUGGCACGAUCGCCAAGUCCGGAACCAAGGCCUUCAUGGAGGCCGUGUCCUCCGGUGCUGACAUGUCUAUGAUUGGCCAGUUCGGUGUGGGCUUCUACAGUUCCUACCUAGUUUCGGAGAAAGUGCGGGUUGUCUCCAAGAGCAACGACGAUGAGCAGUAUGUCUGGGAGUCAACUGCCGGAGGCACCUUCCUGAUCUGGAAGGAUACCAAGUUUGAGCACGGCGUGCUGAAGCGCGGCACGAAAGUGAUCUGCUACUUGAAAGAGGAUCAGGCGGAAUUCCUCGAGUCCGACCGGCUCAAGGAGCUCAUCAUGAAGCACUCCGCCUUCGUAGGCUUCCCCAUCGACCUGCGCAUGGAGCAUCGCCAGGAGGAAGACAUCGAAGUAGAGGAGGAGGGUGUGGAAGCCCCGGAGAAGCGACGCAAGGUGACAGUGAGCUACUCAUGGGAGCUAAUCAACAAGAACAAGCCUUUGUGGCUUCGGCCAGCAUCGGAAGUCUCGCACGAGGAGUAUGCUGAGCUAUACAAAUUCCUCUCUGGCGACUGGGAGGAUCAUCUUGCCGUGAAGCAUGUCAUGCAGAGCGGCCAGGUGGAUUUCAAAGCCCUUCUGUACUGUCCGACCACAGCGCCGAAGGACAUGUUCGACAUGGGCAAGAUGUCGCAGCGGUUUAGCAUCCGGCUCUACGUCCGCAGGGUGUUCAUCAAAGAGUUCAACGACCUCAUCCCCAAGUGGAUGGGUUUUGUGAAGGGCAUCGUUGACAGCGAUGACAUGCCACUGAACAUCAGCAGAGAGAUGCUGCAGCAGAAUGCGAUUCUGAAGCACAUCAAGACCGGCUUGCAGAAGAAUAUCUUCAGCAUGUUCGAGGAGCUCUCUGCUGACAAAGCUCGCUUUAAGGCAUUCCACGAAGCUUUCUCACAGUGCCUCAAGCUCGGGGUCUAUGAGGACGACCAUGCCAACAGGGAGCAGAUUGUGCCCCUGCUGAGAUAUCACUCUUCAAAGUCUGGAGAGGAGAUGGUGGGCUUUGAUGAAUACAUCGCACGGAUGAAGCCAGGCCAGCGACACAUCCUUUACAUCACCGGCAGAACAAAGCGGGAUGCCGCGCGCUCGCCCUACAUCGAGGGCCUGAAGCGCGAUGGCUACGAAGUGAUUUACAUGACGGACCCCGUCGACGAGUAUGCUGUCCAAUUCCUCAAGGAAUACCGUGGCUACGAGGUGCUCAGCUGCAUGAGCAUGGACGCAGCGCGGCUCCUUGACCAUCGGUCGGAAGCAGACCUCAAGGCUGAGCUGGAGCCGCUUCGGAAGCGGCUUCAGGAGCUCCUCGCGGAGGGGGGUCCCAGUUCCGUCACGCUGGCGUCCCUCAAUCCCGAGUGCUGCGCGCAGCUGGCCAGCUCGGGGACAGUGCUGGAGCUGAACUUCAAGCACAGCUUCGUGAAGGAGCAAGUCGCAGAGAGCUUGUCAAGCGCAUGCCCAUCAACCACUCUGCCGCACAGUAGGCUCUUGCAGGACAUGGCUGCUUUGGAGGGAACAGAUGCAGAUGAUCCCGCACGUGCCGACACCUGCGAAAAGUGCCAGGACCUAAUCCAGGCCCUGAACGCUGGCGAGGCUGAUGCUUCAGGAGAGCUGCCCUCGCUUGGUGCAGCAUCUGUGGCCCGAGAG